AUGUUCCCUGAGGAGCUCAAGGGCCUCUCGCCCGUCGAGGAGAAGCUGAUCGCGCUGAACUCCUGUUAUGGCAUUUUCACGCGCCACGCAGUCUCGACUGCCGCAGGGCAGAGGCAGUCUAUCAGGUAUCCGAGGCACAUCAAAGGUCACGUCACCGUGUUCCCCAACAAUGUCCAGGACUUGACGACGAAAGUGUUGCCACAUCCCCUCUUGAAGGUGAUGGACGAAAUCCACGUCUCUUGGCAGGGGCCGGAAAAGCCGACGCCGGUCGAUCUCUCAGUGUUGCUGUCAGUGAGGCGACGCGUCGUGGAGAGGGCGCUCGUCUGGCUGAAGCGGAACAACCCCCUUUACGCCGACGUGGAGAUUGAUGAGGCCGAGAUGGAUACUUGGAGAGCACCAGUCGACGGGGUGCCCGCAAUCGUGUAUGAUCGCAUGGAGCGGUAUGAGCCGUCCGCGUGGGAGAAAACACGAACGGCGCACGUGGUGCCGGCCACGGAGCGAGGCUUGGACGAUGAAGGCGCGGUGGAUAUUGACGAUGUUCUGGCUUCGCUUGACGUAGAGUCGGAUCCGGUGGGAGAGAACGCCGAGCGGCAAGAGCCUGUCGGUAACGCGGAAGCUCCUUGUGCCGAAAGUGGUGGCUCUGCAGGCGCCGUGGGGCAGUUGGUCAAUGAAGUGACAUCGUCCGGUAUGUUCGCGCUGGACGGUGUGCCAGACGUGGCCGACGUUGAAAAGUUCCACUUCGCCUGCCAAGCUGUUCGUGGCCGCGCUGGUGAUGGGCUCCAUGGGGUCGCAGGGCCGACGGCCACGUUGGAGACGCCAGGGGAAGAAACAUCGGGGGCGGACAAACGCCACGAAGCGUUCAUCCGCAUAUCGCGGGGAGACGACUUUGCCGACUCUUCAGAAACGGCCUUCUUCGCCAAAGCCUUCCCGACCCUUUUCCCUUUUGGCGUCGGAGGCCCAAAAUUGGCGGAAGAGGGCCUACUCCAUGUCGGGGGAGCCGGAGCUUCUGCCGGUGCCUCAUACGGCCGGAUGCCUGAGGCGGAAGCGGUGGCGGGAGCUCUCGUGGCCUCGAGAAAUCUCCAUCUCCGCGCAUGGGCGGACAUCGUACUUCGGCGUCAUGGCGGGCGGUUCUCGACGCACCACAUCUUCGCAUUCCUAGUGUUCAACAUGGGCGUGCGUUCGAGAAAUCGCCGAGUCAGCAUGUUGAGUGUUGCCAGAAGGAAUUUCAACUCAAUCGAACGUAUAGUGCGGUCAAUGACGGCCGAGAGAUUGGCAGCGGCCAGCGCGGAGUUGGAGAGCACGGGUAAGACCAGCGACGACGGUGUCAGGGAGCUUCUCCGAAGUCUGUCGGUGUACGGACAUCGACAGCCGAUGUCGAGGGAAGUCCGUCUGAACAUGCGCCGCAAGAUCCAGUCGAGCAUCGUUGCGCAUGGCGUGCCAGCCAUCUGGUUUACAUUGAACCCUAACGACAUCACGAAUCCCGUGAAGCUCCGGCUGGCAGCCUACCGGACACGAGACCCGCAUGAGGCUGAGGCGUUUCUGGAGAGCCUCGGAAAUGCGUACAAGCGAACCCGGUUGGCGAUUUCCGACCCCAUGAGCUCCGCCAUAUUCUUUCAUAGGGAGAUGACGUUGUUCUUCGAAAAGUACGUCAAAGUUGGGGAGGAAUCGGUGUUCGGGCGGAUCAGUCAUUACUUCGGCGCCGUUGAGACCAACGAGCGAGGGGCGCUCCACAUCCACGGUCUGCUUUGGUUGCACGGCAAUGCGCAGCUGGCUUCGGUUCUCGCCGAUGUCAACGGUGAGGGCGCGGCCGCGUAUAAGGAGGGAAUCAUUCGCUACGUCGACAGCGUUUUCUCCGAGGACCUUGACGCGGAAGCCUUUUGCGCCGUCCAGGCUGAGCGAUCAGCGGUCUCGGACAUUUCUUCUAAACUGUACAGCCUGGAGCGAUCCUCGUCUGCAUUCGACGAAGAAGCGAACUUCUGCGCCGGCGCGACGCAGAUCCACACCCAUAGCGCGACCUGCCUCAAGUACUCGCUGGGUAGAGCGAGGCAAAAGGGCGGCCUGUGCCGAUUCAAGGCACCCUGGAAACUGGUCGAGGAAACAGCAUUUACGGACGAAGGGAUCUUGAAGAUUCGGAGGACGCAUCCGCUGGUAAACCGAUGGAAUAAGGCCAUAGCCGUGGGUCUGCGACACAACCACGAUAUCUCGUUCAUAGCGACGCAGAAGAAGACGUUGGCCCUGAUCUACUACGUGACAAACUAUUCGACCAAGGUGGAGGAUCCGACAUGGAAGCGGGCGGCAGCGGCGGCGGAGCUUCUCCCGUCCAUGAGCGGCGACAACGUGGCCAGCGAAGGAGAACCGGCCACGCAAAGCGGCAGCAUGAUUGAGCGCCCGCACGAAAAUAGAACACGGCAGUUCCUGAUGAAGGUAGCUAACCGAGUAUUCACGGAGCGCCCGUUAUCGCAGGUCGAGGUGGUCGCCCACCUUUUAGGUUAUCCGGCCGAAUUUUCGAACAGUAACGCCUGGGCAUACCUCAACACCUCCCUGUUGUACUGGCAAAUCUUUCGACGGUGGCGGCAUCUCCGAGACGAAAGCGGUGCAGCAGUCUCUGGCAACGCUGUGGACGAAUCAGUGGUCGUCGAGGAGGCCGGCUACAAGCUUGGCCACGUCGAGGCCUAUGAGCAUCGCGGCCCGGUCUUGCGAGACUUGUGCCUGUAUGAUUAUGUGUCGAUCGUGAGAUUGAAGCGAUGCGACAGCAGCAAGGCAGAGCGUGCCGCUGGCUGGGGCGAGAUACCCUUCGAGGACUCGUGGCGGCCAGGGAAGACCUGGAUCCAGGUGCUCAGGCGCCCCGGCAAGCAUGCGACAGUCUGCCUUGACGGGUACUUGAGCAAGGACUUCACUGAGGUCGAGGAAGAUGAGAUAUGUCAUAGAAGGGCUGCGGUACAGCACCUCGCGCUAUUCGUGCCGUGGAACGCCUUCUUGCGAGACGAAGUGGGGGACAUCAACGACGUCUGGACGCGGGCACGACGAGCUCUUUCAUCGAGGAUAUCGUGUCUCAUUGAGAAUGUGCAGCUGCUCCGACGAUCCGCUGAGGACGCAAGACGCGAUGCGAAACAGUGGGCGGCGUCGUCCGGAGAUGGCGACGCAAUGGUCUCGCAUAAUGAGGAGGGCGACGCAGCCGAGGCGUCCAACGGAGCAUACGAAGCUAGUGAAAUCGGAGACGCGACGCGGCUCAUUGACGUUGUACGCAACGCUCUGAGCCCCGGUCAGGUGACGGCCGACUCGGCGGAGCUGAGAACAAUGGUGCAGCAGCUCUCUCGAUUCCAGCAAGCGAGCCUCGGCUCAGCAGCCGAGCUUGAGGCCGCGGCAGUACCGGAACGGGGCAUUCGGCGAAUUGGCCUGCCGGGUGCGGUAUUCACCGGCGCCGCGGUACCGUCACAGGACCAAGUAAGAGCCAUCAAGGCGCAGCAGAUGAGCACGUCCAGAGAGAAAGAAAGAAUGAUCCAGGGCAUACAAAGCGCUCCCGCAGUCGCGCAAACCGAUCACGGAGCCGCAGUACGGGGCGCAUUGAGCGGUUUCGGGGACGACAACCUCGAAGUGGCAGCGACGGACACCGACGAAACGGAGGAGCAGGCCGUUGCGGAGAUGGAGGUGCAAGUCGGCCCUUCGAGUUCCUUUCUCGCCGCCGGCAAAGACUGGGCAAGGCGGUUGACGUUGAAUAAGAGGCAAUCAAUCGCUUUUCUGAUCAUCUGCCGACAUCUCGACAUGAUGCACGGGAAUGAGACGGCUAACGCCGGCCAAUUGUGCCAGUUUGUCGGAGGCGAGGGCGGGACGGGCAAGUCGCGCGUUAUCGAAGCGCUGGUGGGCUUGUUCGCUGCGCGAGGCAUAUCGAAUCGCCUUCUCAUCACAGCAACGUCCGGCACGGCCGCGGCGCGAAUCAACGGGAUCACGAUACACUCCGCCUGCGGUUUCACAAAAGACCAAGGCACUCUGGGAGGAAACGCGUCGAGAGGCGUGGACGGGGUGAGCCUACCCAAGCAGACGGAGCGGUUUGUGAACGGUCAGAGCCGAAUGGACUGGCAGGAAAAGGACGUCCUCGUCAUUGACGAGGUAAGCAUGCUCGGAGCACGAACACUGCACGCAGUCAACGAGCAGCUGUGCCGGCUGCGCGGGUCGCAGCGGGACUUUGGGGGAACCCCAAUCGUGCUCUUCUGUGGCGACUUCCACCAGUUCCGGCCGGUGCAGGAGCGGUCGAUCCUAUUGCCCAGCGCGGCCAUCUCAUGGGACGUGGAUAACUCGUUCGAGGCGGAGCAGCGGCACCAGCACGACAACGCGCACGCGCUGUGGAGCAGAUUCACGACGGUGGUCAUGCUGAACGAGCAAAUGCGCGCCGCCGGCGAUCCGGAGCUGCAGAGGCUGCUGACGCGCAUCCGGCGGGGCGAACAGGACCAUGCGGACUUGGACUUCCUCAACGCAAGGUGCUACCGCGAAGGCAGACGGAUCCCGUGGGAGACGGGCAUCACGGUGGUGACGCCGCUGAACAGAAACCGCUGGAACCUCAACAUGGAGGCAAGCGUGGCUUUCCGGGCCCAGGAGCGGUCGGCGAUGCGUAUCUUCAUCUCGGAGCACAAGUGGAAGGACGGCGUGCCGACGGAGGAGGAGGCUAUCAUGAUCCUUAACCAGGGAGACGAUAGCGCCAUCCCCGUGCCGGCGGUCUUCAUGUUCGUGCCAGGGAUGCCGGUUGUCGUGAAUCGAAAUACGUACCAGGGCCUCAAGGUGACGAACGGCGGUGCAUACACGGCCGUCGACGUCGUCGUCAACAAGGCGUUUCCUGGCCAUCGGGUUUCGGCCGGCAUAACGGUCCACUUCGGGCCGCCGGCGGGGAUAAUCCUGGCGUCGGAGACGACGAGGGACCUCCACUUCGUCGGCAUGCCGCCGGGCACGGUGCUGCUGACGCCGAUGAGCGUAAGGAUCGCCCGUCAACGAAAGCGGCCGUGGCAGCGCACCGACGUCAGCCGGAAGGGACUGCCGUGCACCGCGGCUUUUGCGUGCACCGACUACAAGGUGCAGGGCAGGUCGCUGGACCGCGUGGCGCUGGAGCUGCGAGGCACGCGCACGAUGAACAUCGAAGGAAGGGUGGUGCCGGCGCAGUGCGACCCCUACAGCUUGUACGUGCAGCUGUCGCGCUGCCGAACGCUGGACGGCAUCAUGCUCGUGUCCAAGGUCCGCGAAAGGGACCUCGUGGCCAACCGAGUGCCGCCGGAGAUGACGGACGCGCAGAGCAGGCUCGACGAGCUGAGCGAGAAGACGCUGCGGGAGGCGGCAUGCUGGCUGGGCGGCGAACCGUUGAGUCACAACGCGUAG